CACACCCCAGCUCGAGGUCUCGUGAAGACCAAUGAGGGCGCGGCCUCUGUCCGGCAGCCCGAGGGGAUGUCGGGAUAAAAACUUAGCCGUGCCGGACGGGAAAGUUUCGGGAAGCGCAGGAGGGAGGGGACUGAGGAGUGAAAGUCUUGCAGUGACCCGACAGCGAGCAUGACCGACGCCGAGGCGCAGAGCGCUCCGCCGUCGGCACCGGCGGAAGACAAGCCGCAGCCGGAGAGGAAAGUCAUAGCCACCUUGGUCCAAGGCACAGUGAAAUGGUUCAAUGUGCGUAAUGGAUAUGGCUUCAUAAACAGGAAUGAUACCAAAGAAGAUGUAUUUGUUCAUCAGACUGCUAUCAAGAAGAACAACCCUAGGAAAUUCCUCCGAAGUGUGGGAGACGGGGAGAUCGUAGAGUUUGACGUGAUUGAAGCAGCUAAGGGAUCAGAGGCGGCCAAUGUGACGGGACCAGGUGGCGUUCCGGUCAAAGGGAGCCGCUACGCACCCAACAAACGCCGCUUCCGUCGACGGUUCUUCCCCCGCAGCCCUCGGCCUGGUGACCAGAGCAAACCAGCUGAUGGCCAAGCCCCCGCUGUUGAGGGCGAGGGAUCCGGGGAGAGCGACGGAACGCGACCCCAGCAGCGCCGCCGUAGGCCCCAAAGACCGCGACAGGAGGCACAAGAUGGUGAGUCUGGAGAGCAAAAGAACGGAGUGGCAGAGGACGACCAAACACUGCGACCGCCACGACGUAGAUUCUGGCGUCCAUACCGCAGACCGUUCCGGCCUCGCCCACAUUCUGAUCAGGCUGCAGACGGCCAGCAGGCAGCUGCUCCAGAGCAGAGCCAGGAGCAGGGUGAGGUGAAGCUGACAGAGGCCCCGGAGAACCCACAGACCAACGGAGAAGCAGCUGACGGCCAAGGCCAGAAACAACGGCGCCAGUCUAGACGCCGCAGGCAAAGGAACUCCGAGUCGUCUGUGUCAAAAAAUGAUACAGAGAAGUCUGCAUCAGAGCCUGGCACCCCUCCUCAGAAUUCAAAACCAGCCGACCUGAAAUCUACAUCGAAAUCCCCAAAGGUUUCCCCUAAAACCUCUCCUAAAACACCCAAGUCACCUGAGGCAGCUGCCACAACAGUCCCAGCACCAACAGAGUGACGUCAAUGAGAGGACAGUCAUGUGACCCUUGGCAAGAGGUGGGACCCCACAUUAAUGUGGUGCUACCCUGAGUCAGGUGGGGUGGGAGACAUGAGGGUGUAGUGUUGCACCUCUUGUGCUACACGUCCCACAUUGGCCAUCUUAUACAGAGGGCAGGAUGACGGACAUUAACGGGCUGUUGAGUCAAGUAAAUGGAUUUAAAGUGGAAUGGUGGCAUUGAAAGGGAUGGAAAGGAUUUUAUGUCGAGUCUGUAAAGACAGAAUCUUUGUUUAAUGCAGGGAACAUUUUUGCUCUAACUCUGGGAACCUGAAUUUCAGAUUCAUAUAAUCCUUGUUUUCAAGGAUAGGUGUCUUUUUGUGUUGACUGUCUGUUUCUUUACUUUCUUUCUUUCAAUCCCUGUGUCUCCCUUGUGUUUUUUUUUAUUUUCAUUUUUGUUUUGUUUCUCGUAGGUCCUAGGGUUGGAGGACUGGACCUAUACAGAACACAUGCACUGCUCUCCCCUCCCUGCACUCCCCCAUCCUCCAACCCACCUCAUCUCGCUGUCAUCCCCUCAGGCCCCUUCCCCCCCAUUCCCCUCCCCCCAUCUUGUCUUGUGUUGUCCUGUCUAGACACUGAUGUUUGGAGACGAUGGGGUAGGGAAGAAACGGGAUACAGGUGGGUGGUGGGUGCAUAUUUAGAAAUUAAAAGUACAUCUUUAAAAAGGAAAGAAUGGACACUCUGCUUGGUAGCCCAGUUAUUCCAACCACCCUUUAAGAACUAUUUUCUUUGAUCAGAUGGGGCACAUGAAAUAGUUUAGUGGAACCAGCCUUGAUUUUUAUUUAACUUCUUAAUUUGGUUGAAGAGGGGAAAAUCAAGCAGUUGUGAGGUUGGUGGUGCAUUAUGGGAGUCAGUUUGGUUCUGUUACCACCUCAGUCAAUUCUUAAAACAUACUACUCCCUUCAUCUUCCUCAGUUGAGGAUAGAUUGAAAAGAAACUAUUUUUUGUUUUACUUAUUUGUGCGUGCUUUUCUUUGGAGGGGAUUAUGUGCAAUGUCAAUACCUAAAAUGCUAAUUAAUAAAUCAUGUUUGCAAAUCUCAG